ACAAACACACACUCACACAUCAACAUACCUACCUACCUACCAACCUACCUUAAUUUGCUGCCUUGAUUGACCAAUUCCAUUUCAACAUUAACGGUUUUAAUUAAGAUUCCAAAUUCAUACGUGCUCCCCCCUCUUUCUUUUAUCAUUCAUUUCUCUCAUUUUCAACAAAUCUCGGCCGAGGUCUUCUGAAGUUGAGCUCAACAGAUUUGGUUUUAAUUACUCACAGAUCCGACCCUACCCUUUUUUAAUUCUCUUCAUUAUUAUUACAGUGUUGGCUUAAAAGCUUGUUGGGUAGUAGACAAGCCACCUCCAUUUCUCUGAGAUACCGACAUUUCAGCCUAAUCUGGAACCAUCAUAUUCCAAGGUAAUGGGCAGGGAUGUUGCUAAUAUGCGCUUUGAUAAUAAGUCAAAUGUUGUUAAGGUGAGGUCUAAUGGUGUCUCUCGUGGUACAAAUCAUGUUUCUCCAAAAACUUCAGGAGAAAGCAUUAACGUAAGAAGAACUAAGGCUGAGGAAGGGUCACAUGUUGAAAGAAGUCCCGAGAAGCAAGAUGCAGUAGCUGUUAAAAGUACCAAUUAUGAAAGUGUUUCUCCUGGGGGUGUCACUGCAAAACCCGAACCUUCAAAAUCAAGUGAGAAAACUCUUGGCUCUCCUAAAAAUGUCGCUACUGGUUUACGCAUAUCAUCAGACACGAACAGUUUCCAAUCCCCGAUGAAGACAAAGCAAUCACAGAGCUCUCCUUUCUCUGCACCAAGGGUACAAAAAUAUCAUGAUGAGGAAGAUAAUUGGUCGGUGGCUUCAUCUGCUGCAACCUCACGAACAGUUAGAUCACGAGUAACAGUUGGGGUAGCUCCCUCUUUUAAAAGUGCCCAACGUGCUGCACAACGUAAAGAGUUUUAUGAAAAGCUGGAGCAAAAGCAUCAGGCUCUCAAGGCAGAGAGGAUGGAGUAUGAGGCGAGGACUAAGGAGGAGCAAGAAGAAGCCAUAAAGCAGAUGAGAAAGAGCAUGGUGGUUAAAGCAAACCCUGUUCCCAGUUUUUACCGUCAAGGACCUCCACCAAAGGUUGAACUUAAAAAGUUACCUCUUACCCGUGCCAAAUCACCCAAGUUAAGCCGGAGAAAGAGCUGCGGUGAUACUACACAUUCAUCAGCUCAUGAAGAGGCUCUAUGUUCACGGGUGCGUCACAGCAUAGGCACUUAUAAACCAGGAAGUGCUACUUCAAGUCCAAUCAAGCUGACUCAUGGUCGCACUAUCAAUGGCAUUAGCAAACCCAAGGAUCGCACCACCAAACAGCCUAGUACAACUCCUAAUGGUUCGCCACUUAAACUGUCCAAGGAGACCAACUCGGACAUCACUGUUCAGUCAUGACUCAGGUAACUUAUAUUUAAGCGGGAAAAAAUUCCUGAACUCCACUGUGUUCCCAUUAUGUGAAGUUGUCGAUUGUGGUUUCUGUAACAUUUUAUAUUAUACUGGUGUAUUUCUGCUUGUAAUAGUACAUAUCAUAUUAGAUAGAGGGACUGAGGAAGAGAGACAGAGGAAUUAUGUAAACGGUUUUCAUUAUAAUUUCUGUAACACUUGUUCCUGCUCUUCCCUUUCAA